CAGAGCGGGGCUGAGCGGGGGCAGCCGCGCCUGGGGCAUCUCUGGGGCUGCCAUGGCAACUGUGGGACUGCCAUGGGGAUCCGGGAGAUGGAGCCCGAGGAAUGAACAAAUUCCUCAGGGCACAGCUGCGUGGAGUGGCUCCAGAAAUAUGUCAGAUAUGGGCGGGAGGAGCUGCAGUGUAAAGGUGGGGAGGGCAGAGUUCCCAUGGGAAUGUGGGAAAUGAGAAUGCGGGAUUUGGGAGGACAAAAUCUGCCAACAUGGGAAUUACCAAGGGAAUUCCAUGGAUAGAUCUGUCAUCCCAUUCCCAUGGGACUUCCAUGGUUGAAUCCCACUGUUGUCCCAUUCCCAUGGGAAUUCUGUAGAUGGAUCUCACUGCCAUGCCAUUGCCAUGGAAUUCCAUGGGGAGAUCUCAGCCCUGUCCCACUGCCAUGGAAUUCCAUGCAUGCAUCUCACCGUUACCCCAUCCCAGAGCCCCCUGAUGUCCGUGUGUCCCGAAAAGUGGAACACGGGAUCCUGACACUGUCCUGCCAUGCAUACAGAUUCUACCCCAGCACCAUUGGGACCAGCUGGAUGAAGGGGAUGAAAUCGGGGAUCGUUCCACACCUGGGCAGGAUCGAGGCGCUGCUGGAGGAGCAGGAGCAGCCCCUGCGCCGGGCGGAGCAUCCCGGAAUGCCAGAGCCUGGGAUCUGCUCCUGGGCUGAGGCUGGGAACAUGGAAUGUGGGAACUGGGAAUUUGGGACUGUGGAGCAGUGGGAUGGGGGUUCCCCUCCCCUCCUAACCAUGCCAUGCUUCCCAGAGCUGGAAUCCAGCAGGAAUCUCACCCUGGUGGUCGCUGUGUCUGUCAGUGCUGCCAUCAGCAUUGUUAUCCUCAUUGGAUUUGGUGUUUGGAAGCUCCACUCUGGUUCGCUCCAAACCCAACCUGGGGGUCACCCGGUUCUUCUCCCCUUCCCAGACACUUGGAGAUCCCCCCAUGACCCAUCCAGCCCCCCCAAACUCCUCCUUGGGUCACCCCUAAGUCCCCAGUGGGGAUUUCUGUGAGUUCCCCUGUGUUCCCCCCUUCCCAGGACUUUGGGGGUCCCCCCCGACCUGUCUGUGCCCCCCCUGAUUUCUUCCACAGCCCCUCUGUGAUGGUGGGGGCUGGGGUCCAAGUGCUGGUGCCUCCCUGCCUGCAGCAGAUCCAGCACUGAGGGGAGUCCCUUAGCAUUUGGGGUCCCCUGGGGUUAGGGGUCACCCCCCCGGGUCACCCAGGAUCUCCCUGAACACGCUGGCACUGCCCAUGCUCAGUGAGAAGGUUCAUUCCCAGCACGAGGCCUCAGCUGUGUCACUGGCAUCGCCCAGGUACCCAGAAAGCCUCCCGGGAACCCCAAACCCCCUGGAACAACGCAGCUUCCCUGGGACCCCAAUAUCAUCCCUAGCCUCUCCAAAAGCUCCCCAAGACUGCAAAACCCCAUACAGACCCCCCCAAACCUUCUCAGGACAUCAAAAUUCCCACAGGACGUCCCAACACCCUUCCAGACCCCCUUGAUAAGGUUCAUACCUGGCAUGGGAUCCCCAUCUCCGUCACCAGCAGGGAGGAGGAGGAAGACGGUGGGAUAGAGGAGAAGGAAGAUAGAGGGAGAGAGGAGGAGGAGCAGGCAGAGGAGGAGCUGGAGCAGCUGGAGGAAGCACCGCAUGCUUUCAGCUCUCUCUGCACUCGCAGCAGCUUCGGCUCGGGACCAUCGCCCCCCAUCCCGCAGGUGCCCGGGGAGGGGGAGCUCGCCCCAAGUAUCCCGGGGGUCCCUGGGUUUGGGAUUUUUUUGGGGGGAUGUUUGGAGCUUGCAGAGCUCCAAAGCCGAGCCGCAGAUGGCCCUCAGGGGGACAUCGGGGGGUCCCUGGUGAUAUGAAUAAGAAGCUUGACUAGGCCAAUACUCAAGCAGCAAUCAAUUUAUUAAUGAAUAUGGUAAAGUAUGAGCAAUACAGCGCUGGGUACAGUGGGGGGAAUUUUCCCUCCAACUGCACACCGAUAGUUGGGGCUUACAGAUAUUUAUAGGGGUUUUCAUAAGCUUUUUCAGCAGUUUCUAUUCCAAAUGUUUGCGUCACAAUUCUAUACACUAUUGUGAUUUAGUUUUUCUCAGGAUGUAUCUCAGAAAGGAGUAUCCCCAGAUGGUGGGGUCCAGCUUCUGAAGGAAGAAAGAAGUCUCUCAGCUGGUGAGGUCCAGGGUCCAUAUGCGGGUUCACCUUUGAAUUGCAAGGACUAUAAAUCUCAUACCAGUGAUGUCCAGCUUCCCUUGGUCAAAACUAUCAAUCCUUGAGUGGAUGUUCAUCUUCCUUUCUCAAGCUGCUUUUGCAUAUUUUGUUAAGGUGUCGAGAUAAGCAUCUUUCCUUUUGAUAUAUUCUAAAGCUAUAGUUUCAAAGAUCCUUACUACAAGCAUUAUUCUGAAAUUAUACUUCAAAAGGUUGUUAUUGCAAACUCUUUUUAGCUAGAAGCAGAACGUUCCUGUCAAACAGCAACAUCCUUAAAGCUUUAAUUCGAAUGCUCUUAAAUCAACUUAAGACUUAUAAAGGUUAAUUGCAAACAAAGGAUAGGUUCAAAGGCCUUCUUCCAUGCUUUACUUCCUCAGUUAUUUAUUAGAAUUGUCUUCAUAACUGUCCCACGGUCAGUUUCCACACAUAUCACAAUCACAGAUAUACACAUUGCCUGUAUGUACCUGACACAAAACACAGCUUUAUAUUUCACAUCGGGAGGUGUUUUUAGGGAGUUGUGGCCAUCCCCUGGCAGGGCUCACCUGCAAACUGGGUGUAGGCUGUGUCUUGGAGGAAGGUGCCACGGCCAAAGUCAAUCAGUUUCAGCUGCCCGCUGGCCAGGUUGAG